AUGGCUGGUCGAUUAAUAUCCGAAGAUUCGGAUGAAGAAUUUCAAGAAAUACAAUUGAGUAAACUUCAAAAUAAUUAUCGACAUGCACGGGAAGAUCAACAUGAAUUCACAAUUGAAAAAAAAGAUCAAUUACGAACGCAAAGUAAAACUCUUCAACAAUUAGCAAAGGAACGUGAUGAAUUAGAUAAAGUAUAUCGUUUGGCUGAAAGUCUUGAAAAUCAAAAACGUGAUGAAGAAAAAACAAAAAAAUUACGGGAACUUAUACAAACAAAAGAUGAAAUUCAAAAUGAAAUACAAAAUGAACAAGCAAUAUCAACUGAUCUCGAUGCUAAAUUACGUGAAUGGGAAAAGAAAAUUCGUCAAAAACAAACAGAAAUCGGUGGUUCUAAUGCUGCAAUUACAUUUAAUGCAAAUGUUCGUAAACAAGAACGUGUUUUAGAAAAUCGUUUAGAUACGGCUUUAAAACGAUUUAAUUCCUUACUUACUACAAAUAGUCUAUUACGUUCUGAAAUUGAUAAUUUACGAAAUGAAAGAGAACGUUAUGAAAAUUUAUCUCAAAAAUCUGAAAAUGAACUUCGAGAUUUACGUGUACAAUUAGUAGAAUGUAUUGAACGUUCAGUUACAUCAUAUGAACAACGUAAAGAUGCAAAUGCAAAAGCAAUUAUUCUUCAAACUAAAGCUGAAACAGACAAAUUAACAGCUGAAGGUGAAAUGAGAGAACUUGAACGACAAAUUUCUCAUGAUCGGAAAUUGCGUGAUUUUAUGAAACUUAAAUCUCAAGAACGACAGGAAGAUGAAGGCCUUGUUACGUAUAGAAAACGCAGAGAAGCUGAAGCAAAUGAAAAACGUCGUAAAGAAAAAGAAGAACAUUCAGUAGAAGCAUAUGAAAGUAAAUUUAAACAAAUUCAAGACAUAAAUGGUGAACAAGAUUUAGAUAAACUUGUUGAUAAAUUUAUUGAAGUUGAAGAUAAAAAUUUUGCUUUAUUUAAUUAUAUUAAUGAAUUAAAUAAUCAAAUUGAAAUGUUACAAGAACAAAUAGCUGAUAUUAAAAAAGAAAUUCGUCGUUUUGAAGCACAAGGUGUUGAAUUAGAAGAUCAACGACAAAAAAUGCUUGAUCAAAUGGAAGAUAAACGUUCACAAGCAGCAAAAUUAGCCGAAGAAUAUGAAGAAAAAAUGCGUAGUGCAAAAAAAAUUCUUGAUCAAUGUCGAGCAGGUAUUGAUUCAAUAUUUAAAAAGAUUGGUUGUGAUCGUCGACAAAUUGAUCAUUUAUUACAAAGUCAUGAAGGUGUUACUGAAGAUAAUAUGUUACGAUAUUUAGGUACUAUUGAAGAAAGAACAAAUGAAUUACUUAUGGCACAAGCAACUAUGAAUGCAAAAGAACAAAAUAUUCCAUUACGUGAACGUGCACCGAAUCUCAUUGGUGAUGGUCCAUCUGGACCAGCACCACAUGUUCAUGUUCAUCUUCCAAAUACAGACGAUCGUCGUGAUCAAGAAGAAAAAGUCGAAGACGAACUUAAACCAUUAACACGUGAAGAAUUAAAACAACGCGCAAUUGAUCAUGUUAGAAAUUUAGAAAAACGAGCCUUACAAGAACAAAGUAAAUAUCCAGAUAUGUCACCAACAGCAUCACGUGAAAAAAGUACAAAUGGUGCAUCAAAAAGUGCUGGUGGAGAAACAGGAAAAACACCAACUGCUCGUGGACGUUAA